CGGGGCGAGCGAGCAAUGUUUGGUGGGCAUCCAUGAUGGCGGCCAGUGCGCGGCGCUCCGCUCGGCGUUCUGUGUAAGGCAACGGCUCAGCGCGGAGAGGCGGCGACCAAGCAUGAAGGGAACGCGCGGGUCACGGCGCCUCGUCUUGUGUGCAGUGUCUAUAGACAGAUAGUAAGGGAGACCAUGUCCUGGGGCGGCGGCGGAGGGAGGCUGGCGGCGGGAGGGCUCCACGGGGAUGGCCACAACCAACCCCAUCACCAGCAGCAGCAGGUGGGCGUGGGCGUGGACGUGGGCGUGCAGGAGGUGAUAGCGCGGGCGCUGGAGACGUGUGAGACCCACCACCAGUUCAUCGCCUCGCAGGCAGAGCACCUGGAACGCCUGAGGUCGCAGUGUGCCACCAGCGCCCAGCUCACGCAGCAGGAGAUCCGCACGCUCGAGGGCAAGUUAGUGAAGCUGUUCAGCCUACAACUGGUAACAAAGCGGCACUUACCCUCGGGUGUGCCCUUACCUCGUGAGCUGCAGCUUUACCCCUCGCUCAAGCAAUGGCUGCAAGUGGUUGGACUCUGCAAAGAUUCUGUUAUUGGUAUGUGCCAGAGAGUCUCCACACUAGAAGGAUUACUUGAAAAAAGAGAAAAUGAAUUACGCAACAUCCUCAAUGAUUAUGGAGCCGACAAAAGUGAAGCCCAUAAACUGGCAAGGGCCAUGCACAAUCUCAAACGAUACACAGAGAUACAAAUGCAAGGUCAGGCAGGAGACCCAAACAACUCAGACCUGCCUCUAUACUGGGACUCUUGGGAGAACUGUCCUCCUUCUCCUCGAGCCUCUACUCGAGCACAGAGAGAAUGUCGUUCAUCUGUCUCCUCGUCUGAUGGAGAUGGUGGGAGUGUCACCAGUGGCAGUACUCCAGCAACAAAGGGGCACCAGUCAGUCAACGUAGUAGUGAUGACUCUUCCACUCCUUCCUCACCCCCUCCUCCUUUGUCCCUGGUUCCUCCACUAAGUCCUGGUGGGCCACUCCACACUUCCUCCACUCUUAACCUUCCUGGGAGUAUCACGGUCUUCUCUGAGAAGCGAUAUACUCCUCCCCCAACUCCUAGUAUUAUCCCAAAGGGCAAGAGUUCAGGUGACAAGAAAUUCCCAACAACACCUCCUCCUGGCAAGAAAUACCAAACUGGCCUCUUAAAUCCCCUGCAGCCAUCUUUAGGUCGUUCCACAUCACAUGAGUCACAGCUUGCGCCAAGGGCUGAGGGUCAUGAACAGCAGUCUUCAGCGCUUCUCAGAAAGCUUAAUCACUUCUGGUUGGGUGGCAGCUUGGAGCAACUUGUGACUCGAAGGACACGCCUUCACUCAGAGUCUGAGGCUUCAGCAGACAACUCUGGCAAGAGGGUGGAUGGGAGCCGGACCAGAACGGAGGUGCGAGACCUAAAGACGCCUCAGAACUCUCCAGCACCUUCGACUCUUGCCAGCCCCAUCAAGUCACCUCACUACCCAGAUCCUGCCAAAGAUGACAGUCAUAUAAUGAAAUCUACUCUUUCAGUACCAAAGUCUCCACGCACCCCUACUCUAGCUGGUUCAAUGGGUCACAAUGUGCAGCAUCGCUUCAUAAAGACGAUCAAGUCUGCCACUUGUGGUUACUGUCAUCACAAGUUUUCUAUUUUAGGUGGUCUGAAGUGCAAGGAGUGCAGCUACAAAUGUCAUCGUGAAUGUGAGCCAAAAGUGCCACCUUCCUGUGGAUUGCCACAAGAGUUGCUCAUAUUAUUUGCUGAUACUUGGAAGAAGGUUGGUAUGGAUGGAAGUGGUGGGCUGCACAGAGGAGGCACUCCUGGGGUCUCUCCUUCUCACCAUCAUCCAAAUGAUGUCUUCUCUCCUCUACGGGUCGGCCAGAUGUCCAACUCUCAGCCGUCCAUUAGCAUACCAUCCUUCCAGGACCCCAAUUCCAGUUCGAACACAUCCAGCUGCAACUCCUCAACCCCCUCCAGCCCAGCCCUCAUCAUUUCUGCCUCUCCUGCAAGGCAUGAUGCAUUCCAUUUUCCAACCACUCGAGGAUUCCAUUUCCCAGAGGUGAAUGAGGACUGUGGGGAUAUGCGGCUUAUUUCGCCCCGACCCCCUACCAAGGCCCCUAUAUCAGCUUCCUCCACCCAAAGUGAUGUGAUAGACUCCAGACAGUCUCAUGAUUCUGACCGCACUGUGUCACAAACCUCAGGGUCUGGCAGUACUGGCACUGAUGAUUCUGAGCGCACAAUAGCAGGUCGUGUAGAUUCGCAAGAUUCCACAGUAUCUGAUGGAGAAAAUGCAGAUCCUCGAUGUACUCGUCAGAACAGUGUCAGUAGUGUGUCCCAGUCUCUCCGAGAAUGGGAUAUUCCCUAUGAUGAACUUGAUAGAGGAGAAGUCAUUGGACGAGGAAGAUUUGGCAUUGUAUAUUCAGGAAAUUGGCAUGGACAAGUGGCUAUAAAAGAGUUGCGAAUGGACUAUGUUAAUGAUGAGAAAACUCUUGAAGCAUUUAAAGCAGAGGUGAGCACUUUCCGCAAGACCCGACAUGAGAAUUUGGUCCUGUUCAUGGGUGCAUGUAUGAAGCCCCCAAGACUAGCCAUAGUGACAAGCCUAUGCAAGGGCAUGACACUCUACAAACACAUUCAUGUACUGAAAGACAAAUUCAAUAUGUCACGCACCAUCUUGAUUGCUCAGCAAAUUUCACAGGGUAUGGGCUACCUCCAUGCAAGGGGCAUCGUUCACAAGGACCUUAAGACCAAGAAUAUAUUCCUGGAGAGUGGCAAGGUUGUCAUCACAGACUUUGGUCUCUUCAAUGUUACGAGACUCUGUCAUGAUAGCAGACGAGGCAACUGGUUAAGUAUUCCUCCUGGUUGGUUGUGUUAUCUCUCCCCUGAGGUCAUGAGGAACUUGCGUGUGAUACAGAAACAAGACGAUGGCCUUCCUUUCACCACGUAUUCAGAUGUUUAUUGUUUCGGUACUGUGUGGUAUGAAUUAUUAUGUGGUGAAUGGCCCCAUAAAGGCCUUCCUCCAGAGGCCAUAAUAUGGCAGGUUGGACGUGGAAUGAAGCCUUCCCUAGCACAUCUACAGGCUUCACGGGAUGUUAAGGACAUACUCAUGGCCUGCUGGAGUUACCGGCCGGAUGAAAGGCCAGAGUUCUCCACCAUGUUGAACAGCUUGACAAGGCUUCCUAAGAAGCGGCUCCACCGCUCCCCUUCCCAUCCUAUCCACCUCUCACGUUCUGCAGAGAGCGUCUUGUAGACAUCGGAUUUCAAGUCGCAAAGACAUGAUGCAACUGUGGUUGAAUUUGGAGAGUAAGUCACCUUGUGCUGCAAUAUUCAGACUUUUAUUUUUCUGAUGUGUUUCUUAUUUUCUUUGUUGUCUUACUUUGUUCCAAUGAAUUUUAAAGCAGCCAAAAGUGAAUGCAGCAAGUGUGCACAACACUGAUUUGGGAUUGGAUGGUGUUAGGAUAAGCAUUUUUCCAAAUAUGUUUGUCCUUAGAGAACAUGCAGAUAGGAUGUAGAAGCACAAACCUUCUGCAGUUUUUUCUACUAGUGGUGGGUGACAAAGUGUCACUUUUGUUUUCUGUUAGGAAAUUAGAUUUUGUGCUCAAUUUUGCUCUGCAAUUUUGCUGCUUACUACUUUGUUUGUAAAAUCUGUAUAAUGAAUCUUGAAAGUAAGACUUAAAAGGGAAGAAAUGAAAAAUGUAAUAAGUACGUAUUAAGUAUUUUUUCUCAUACUAAUGGAAAUUCUAUUAAUUGGGAAGGUAAUAUCAUGUUAUUUAUUCAUAAUGUACUUUAAAAGAACCCUCCCAGUACAAGAAUGCUUGGUAUCAACACAGAGUAAGCAUGUAUUCUUGAUAAUGUAGUCUAUUAUAUGAAUCCUUUCUAUUCAAGCUGUUUAGUCUAAAUUAUAGUGUUGUUUUAAUUUAUUGAUGGAAACUGCAGUCGGGUAGUGACUGAGAUCAGAAAGUUUAAAACUAGGAAGAAGUCUUUGUAAAAUGGUUUCCAGAUUGAAACAACUUUAAACUUACUAGUUAAUAAUACAAGUCCAACAUUUUCUAGUCAGCCAAUGUACACUAGAGAGUUUCCUGCAGUAGAUCAAGCUAUAUUUAUACAUUUUUUGAUAAGCACUCAUGGACCUUGCGCAGGACUUCAGUGAGGUAAUUAUUUGUGUUGUGAAGUAGAAGUAGAACAGAUUCUGAAACACCAAUAGGCAAGUUGUGGUAAAACAGAUAAAGAGAUGAAGAACAUUCACAGGGCAUUGAGCACUUCACCAUUUAAUUGUCCAGAGUGUGUCACUACAGCGUUUCAGAAUUUGGCCAAAUGUACUUUGUCAAGACCUGCAAUAUGUUGAUGAUUGCUUGUCAUAUCAUGUAUGUGAUGAAAGGAGUUGUACUCCAGUUUAAUUUUGAUUGACCUUGAAGAACCAGUGGGUGGAUAGACUUAAUAGGUCUACACAAGAUGGAAAAUCCAUAGGCCAGUCAGCAGUAAUGCUGACAUUAUUUUGAGCAUUUAACUUGUAUAAAUUGACUAUGAAGUUUGUUUUGCCAUCAGAGAUGCCCCACUUGAGAACUAAUAACUUGUCAAGAAAAAUUAUGUCAAUUAUGCAUAUGAUUGGCACUGUCUAUGAAGGAGCAGACAGAGGUAUUACCAAGACAGUGGGCAAGGUCACAAAGCCAUGGCCAGUAGAAGUCAUGAUAAGAGGCCAAACUUUCUUGUCUGGUAAAACUCAGUUGAUUUGUAGUGUUCCAAAUGCAACAGAGUCCACCAACAUCAGUGGUCUGCAUCCAAAGAUCCAGUAAUAUCUUGAUAAAUAAAGAAAAAUUACAUGUCAA